CUGACAGCUCUCCACUUGCUCUCUCGCUCGCUCCCGCGCCCAGCAUGGCGGUCAAGGUGCAGAUAACCAAGCGCGGGGAUUCUCAUGAGUUAAGGAAUAUAUUCCUACAGUAUGCCAGUACUGAGGUAGAUGGAGAGCGUUACAUGACCCCCAAUGACUUUGUCCAACGAUACCUUGGACUCUACACCGAUCCACAUUAUAACCCAAAGACAGUGGAGCUCCUGGCAGGAGUAGCUGAUCAAACCAAGGAUGGGUUGAUCUCCUAUCAAGAGUUUUUGGCAUUUGAAUCUGUUUUGUGUACUCCAGAUGCCAUGUUUGUAGUAGCUUUCCAAUUGUUUGACAAGAGUGGAAGCGGAGAGGUGACAUUUGAAAAUGUGAAAGAAAUUUUUGGACAGACCAUUAUUCACCAUCAUAUCCCUUUUAACUGGGAUUGUGAGUUCAUUCGACUGCAUUUUGGACAUAACAGGAAGAAACAUCUUUCCUACUCAGAAUUUACUCAGUUUCUUCAGGAACUGCAGUUGGAACAUGCAAGACAGGCCUUUGCACUGAAAGAUAAAAACAAAAGUGGCCUGAUUACUGGACUGGAUUUCAGUGAUAUCAUGGUUACCAUUCGAUCUCACAUGCUUACUCCUUUUGUGGAGGAAAACUUAGUCUCAGCCGCUGGUGGAAGUAUUGCACAUCAAGUUAGCUUCUCCUACUUCAAUGCAUUUAACUCCUUGCUUAAUAACAUGGAACUUGUUCGUAAGAUUUACGGCACUCUUGCAGGCACAAGGAAAGAUGUUGAAGUCACAAAAGAGGAAUUUGCCCAAAAUGCAAUCAGAUAUGGACAAGUUACACCACUGGAAAUUGAUAUUCUUUACCAGCUUGCAGAUUUGUACAAUGCUACAGGGCGUUUGACUUUGGCAGAUAUUGAGAGAAUAGCCCCGUUGGCUGAAGGUGCCUUGCCUUACAACCUGGCAGAACUUCAGAGGCAGCAUUCUCCUGGACUAGGCAGGUCUGUCUGGCUCCAGAUUGCUGAAUCUGCUUACAGGUUCACUUUGGGCUCAAUUGCUGGAGCUGUGGGAGCCACUGCGGUGUACCCCAUAGACCUGGUGAAGACUCGUAUGCAAAAUCAGCGUGGCACUGGUUCUGUGGUAGGGGAACUGAUGUAUAAAAACAGCUUCGACUGUUUUAAGAAAGUUCUGCGUUACGAAGGUUUCUUUGGUCUCUACAGAGGUCUGGUGCCUCAACUUAUAGGUGUUGCCCCUGAAAAGGCCAUCAAGCUGACUGUUAAUGAUUUCGUCCGAGACAAAUUCACCAAGAGAGAUGGUUCCAUUCCGCUCUUUGCAGAAGUCCUGGCUGGAGGUUGUGCUGGAGGAUCCCAGGUCAUCUUCACUAAUCCACUGGAAAUUGUGAAGAUUCGAUUGCAGGUAGCAGGAGAGAUAACCACCGGACCUAGAGUCAGUGCCCUUAAUGUGCUGAGAGACCUGGGGCUCUUUGGGCUAUAUAAGGGUGCCAAAGCGUGUUUCCUCCGAGACAUUCCCUUCUCUGCAAUUUAUUUUCCUGCUUAUGCUCACUGCAAACUGUUGCUGGCUGACGAAAAUGGACACGUGGGAGGCUUUAAUCUCCUUGCUGCUGGAGCAAUGGCAGGCGUGCCCGCUGCUUCUUUGGUAACCCCUGCUGAUGUCAUCAAGACAAGACUGCAAGUGGCAGCCCGGGCCGGUCAGACCACAUACACUGGGGUUAUCGACUGUUUCCGAAAGAUCCUCAGAGAAGAAGGGCCAGCGGCUUUUUGGAAGGGAACUGCAGCUCGAGUGUUCAGAUCAUCUCCCCAGUUUGGUGUGACUUUGGUCACCUAUGAACUUCUGCAGCGCUGGUUCUACGUUGACUUUGGAGGCCUCAAACCGUCAGGCUCCGAACCGACCCCCAAGUCACGCAUCGCGGAUCUUCCUCCUGCCAACCCGGAUCACAUCGGCGGAUACAGACUGGCAACAGCCACAUUUGCCGGCAUAGAAAACAAGUUUGGCCUUUACCUCCCCAAAUUUAAGUCUCCUGCUGGGGUUGUUCUGCCCAAGGCAGCGGCACCGGCCCAAUCCUGAGCCAGCUGUAGGUAAGGGAGGAAGAGAGAUGAGUAAGAGCAGCAACUGUAUUGAUGGGGUCAGCUGCAUGUGCCUCUAGCCGAACGGAAAAAUCCAGCCAGUUCUUUCUAUAUGACGUAUACAUAUAUUUGUUUAUAAAGUAAUCAUUUGCACAGAAGAAACGAUUUCAAGCUUUAGUCCCGUGUUGAAAUGUUUUUCUAGCUCCUUGCAUGAAUUAGCAUCCCAGACUGCUUUGCCCAGCUUGCACUUGGAGUGACUGUACAUAUUGUACAUCUUUGUACAGAACCACCUUGGCACCUCAGCCCAACAAAAUUGCAUUUCUAGAGAUGCAUUACCGCAGUUCUGAGUGGCUUGAAAUGUACAGAAUGUUUUGAAAGUGUUUUAUUAAGAAUCAUGUGACAAGGUAUUGAAAUUCAUUCUCUUAUAUUGGUGGCUUAUGUUAAUAAAGCAUCAAUAUUGGAUGUGUUUAA